UGCUUCUGCCUUUUUCUCCCUGAGUAAUGCCUGCCCCUUGUCAGCCGCUGCCGUGGGCACACUCCGAUCUCCCAUGGCCUCUGCACCCACACUGUGGGAAAUUAGCAGAAUUUUCCUUUUGGAGGAGAAACCUCCGUCCAUUCUCGCUCUCCCGACUGUGUGUGCUCUGCAGGCUCAGCAGCCACAUCUCUUCACGUCCAUCACACGCUCCUGCCCUCCCCCUUCUUCUCCUAGGCUGUUGUCAGUCUCUCCUGUUUGGUCUGUGAUUCAUUUUUGGGUCUCCAUCGCCUGCUCCCUGUCUCACCUCUGGGCAUUUGUUCAUCUCUACCAACAAAUUGGUCUCUUAGCGGGACAUAUGUCUCCUGUAGUCUGUCGGAUUUUUCAGAAACUGAUUCAGAAAACGUCCCUGCUAGUGUUGAUGAGUUUGGUUGUGACCGCCACAUUGUACACAUGCGAGGGGCACUGAGAACCAAGUCAGGUUCUAACUGAAAUCCUUCAAAACAGAACAGACCCCCCAAUGCAGUCUUAUCUUUGAGUAAUUCUUUUGGGGGGCACAGUGGUAUUUUUGUUUUGUGAAAGCAUGAACUUAGAAAUCGAAGCACAGUUCUCUGGGUUGAUUCUGGAGAGACUUCCAGCGAUCAGUACUGGCUUGUGUCUAAAGCAUGGGACAGCGGCAUCGUACAGAGGGUUCCAGGGGGGAGAUGACCUCCCCAUCUCCCCACUGGCUGAGAAAUCCAAGAGCCGACGCAGACAAAGGGAGCCAUUUGGGGAGAGUUAGCAUAAGAAGAGAAUGGAAGGCCUUCAGAAGAGCACAUAUGGAACUAUAGUUGAAGGGAGCAGGGACAUCUACCAUGCAGCAGAAUCGUACUGGCUGAGGAUCCUCCUGGUGGGCAAAUCUGGCUGUGGGAAAAGUGCCACAGGGAACAGCAUCCUCUGCCGACAAGCAUUCGAGUCCAGGCUCAGAGCCCAGUCGGUGACCAGGACCAGCCAGGCAGAGAUAGGCACAUGGGAGGGAAGGAGCUUCCUAGUGGUAGACACACCCCCCAUCUUUGAGUCAAAGGCUCAGAACCAAGACAUGGACAAGGACAUUGGAGACUGCUACCUGCUGUGUGCCCCAGGACCCCAUGUGCUGCUGCUGGUGACCCAGCUGGGACGCUUCACAGCCCAGGACACCAUGGCCGUGAGGAGGGUGAAGGAGAUCUUUGGGGCAGGAGUCAUGAAGCACAUGAUCAUCCUCUUCACCCACAAGGAAGACCUGACAGAUGAGACCUUGGAUGGGUUUGUGACCCACACUGACAACCACAGCCUGCGCAGUCUGGUCCAGGAGUGUGGGAGGAGGUACUGUGCCUUUAAUAACAGGGCCUCAGGGGAAGAGCAGCAGGGACAGUUGGCAGAGCUCAUGACCGUGGUGAGGAGGCUGGAGCAGGAGUGUGAGGGCUCUUUCUACAGCAACGACCUCUUCCUUCAGGCCCAUGUGUUCCUUAGUGGUGACAAGAGUGAGCAUCAGGAAGCCUAUAGGUGCUACCUGUCGAAGGUGAGGCAGGAGGUGGAGAGGCAAAAGCAGGAGCUGAAGGAACAGGAGGUGAGCUGGGUAGCUAAGAUGCUUUACAGAGUCAAGCCAUGCAUGGGCCUCCACAUUUUCAUUAUUGUGUGUGGUUUGAUUUUGAUUGCCAUUUUAAUUAACUUGUUUAUUACCAAGGGGAACUGAGCCUUUUCAAGUGAUUUCUGCCAUCAGCUCCUUCCCGCAAUGUUCACAAUCUCUGUUCUGGGGCACCUCAGUUUCACUCUCAUUUGACUCCCUUGCAUCAGACAUGCCAGGAAUUUUCUUCUAAAUACCAUUAUGUAAAUAAAGUAUGAAAGAAAAACGUAUUUCUUGCCCAUGACCAUGUCUGAGCAACAGCAGAUGACAACUAAUAUUCAGGGGUCAGCCUACCAGAAGUUCAGCUCUCUGAUGGGAAUGUCUUGUUCAAGCAAGGCUUACGAGAAUACAGACUCCAGAAUGUCUUUUGCUUAUGCUGUGCCUCCAUAUUGUUGUUGCUACAUGCUCUUCUCUAUCUGAUAUGAUGUAUUUAUAUGUGGGGCGUCCCCCAUUGCCAGUAUUGUAGUGUGUCUAUCUCAUGAUUGCAUCUCGAUUUAAUGAGCAUUUUUCUGUGGAUUGUCAGGAAGACGCUGUAUAAUUUUGACACAGUCAGGGCCUAUUGAGUUCCACUAAAAGAACUGUUUUAUAUCACAGCUCAUAUUUAUAAUUUAGAAAAACAUUUGAGUCCAAGAGCCAGUCACAGGUUUCUUGUGCAUCAUAAGGUGAUAUUAGGCUUCAAAAGAGCUCUAGAUGAGACCAGAUGCCUUACUAAUGGUUUUUUAGAUAAACAUUCCCAAUCUUUUAGUUCACAAGGUCACACAACUGUUUGGCUAGGUUGUAAAUAAAAAGCCCAGUUAAUGCUAGCUUACAAAUGACUAAGUCCUUGCACCAUUCCUAACCUCAAUUUGUGAAAAUAUGUUCUAAUUAGUCAAGGCUACAGAAAAUAACUUAACUCUGUAGUCCCUAAUGAGGGCUGUAGGUGUUCUUAGAUAAUUAAAAGUUACAAACAAUCUUUA